AUGAUAACCUAUGGGGUUUCGUAUGGCUAUGUCGCCGCCGGCAAGUUCUAUGUUUUCCUUUACUAUGAUCCAACCGAGCCUCGGACACUGUAUCACCAUCUGUGCGUGCCAGAAAGGGUGGUGAGGGAUGCGGCGAAUGAGGACGACUGGUCCACGCACAUGUCCAAUACCGCAGUGGCCCAACUGGCCAGCUUUUGCCUUCAGAGCCUUCAAUCCGAGGCGGCCGAGGGCCCGGACUUGGAGGCGUCGACGCAGGCUGCGAAGGAAUCAUUGGCCAUAUGGGGUCGGCAGGGCUACGUAUCCGAGGACAGCGAGACAAAUACUUGCGUCCGCCGCGCAUACAACAAGCCGGCGAAGCAAUACUGCACGCAGGCCUGCCUGCUUGGCCUCAAGACGGGUCGCCACCUCGCUAACAACUGCCCCAACGUGCAAUUCCACCGUGCUGUCGGUGGAAACGAGCAGCACGCAAUCGACAUGGCCGAGUUCACCCGCCUCGUCAACGAGCAGCUUCGCAGGGACCCGUACGACUACUGCGAGUUGCUGUCCCCCUGGGGCAUGUACGGGAGCACCGGGGUGCUCUUCAAGCUGGAGCUGGCACCCUACGGAUACACAUUUGUCGCCAAGGGCACCACGGCCACGCUACUGUGCAGCCUGGAGCACGAGACAAAUGUAUACGAGAAGCUCCACCGGCUUCAGGGCGACGCGGUACCCGUGCAUCUGGGCUUGGUCGAGCUUCCCGGCGGUUACAUACUCCCCGGAGGCCUGAGAGCAGUUCAUAUGAUGCUCAUGUCUUGGGGGGGACAAACGGUCAAAGAGGGAAAAUCGCCAGGUUUGUCACUCGAGGUGCAGCGGUCCUCGGAGGCUGUUCGAAACGAGGGUAUUUACCACGAUGACGUGCACGAUGCCAACCUGCUCUGGAACGAGGAGCUGGGCCGGGUCAUGGUGAUAGACUUUGACUAUGCCAAGAUCUUGGAACCGCCCAAGCACAAGACAGUAGUUGAUCUCUCCAAGAAGGAGAGGAAAAGGGGUCAGAAGCGCGUGGUUGCAAACUGCCCUGGGAAAGCGAAGGUGCUGGACAGUCAUCCAGAGGCUUUAUAA